AUGCUCGUCUUCGGCGGGCGCUUCGUGCAGGUCGCGGCCGCGCCGGCCGCCGCGGGGCCCUUCGGGCCCUUCGCGCUGCUCCGCGUCGCCGGCUACGCGGCGGCGCGCGACGCGAACAUCUACUUCGCGAGCGUCGGCGCGAACCCGGCGGACGCCGAUUCGCUGCUGGCGCUCUUCCCCGUGCUCUCCGAGGCGGGCGCGGCCAUCGCGGUCGCGGCGUCGUGCGACGGCGAGCGAUGGUCCGCGCUCGCGGUGCUCGCGAACACGACGGACGCGGGCGGCGGCCGCACGCUCGACCACCCGGCCGACGGCUGGCUCGUCGACGGCGCGACGGGCACCGUCUACUUCUUCCUCCACCGCAACGUGCCCUUCAUCCGCGAGGACGAGCAGCUCGGCGACGCGGCCUUCGGGCCGCGGAGCGCGCUCACGCGCGUGCCCUCGUUGAAAUUCGCCGGCUUCGACGCGCCCCGCUUCUGGAGGGGCGACACGAUCUUGUUCCACGUGUCGCCGUCGGCGUUUUCCAGGAAGGCCUUGGCCUGCUUCGGGCCCUGGAUCUGGUGCCGGUUCGUCGCAUCGCGGAGCGCCAUGCUGUCCAAAGCCAACGACGAUGGGUACGAGGAGGAGAAGGAGAUCUGGGAGCACACGGGCGACGACGUCGAGGACGUGCUCGGCGCGGCGCUGGAGCCCGAGUCGCUGUCGCUGGAGCUGCCCAAGCACAACGCGCGCGCCGAGGUGCGCCUCAUCGGCGGCUUCGUCGUCGGCCUCGUCUUCAUGCUCGCCAUCCUGUUGCGGCACACGGACACGACGGGCCGGCGCGCCAUCGGCGAGUUCGGGAAGCUCGACCGCGCGUUCGUGCUGUCGACGCGGGGCAAGAACAACACGAACAGCCCGGAGAUGGACCGCCUGAAGCUGCAGCUCGCGGCCCUGCACCUGAGCAGCGACGACGUCCAGGUCAUCUACGCGCCGGAGCGCGUCGCGCUCGACGAGCGCACGUUCCAGCGGCCGAAGAAGGCCUCGGACCGGGGCGCGUGGGACCGGCGCGUGGCCUCCAAGGCCAUGGGCAUGCGCCACCUCGUCCACAGCCUCGUCGCCUGGGCGGGCAAGUCGCCGAAGCGGCACCCCAUCGCUUUGGUGCUCGAGGACGACGCGGUGUUGCUGCCGGGGGCCGUGAGCGUGCUCAACGACGCGCUCCGCUUCCUGGAAUCCGCGGAGGGCGUCUUCGGGAACUGGGACCUGCUCUACGCGGCGCACUGCGGCGAAUGUCUGUGGUGGGCCGACGCGCUGACGGCGUCGUCGACGGCGCGGCUCGGCGGCGGCCUCAACGAGGACGAGAUCGGUUUGGCGGACUACGCGUACAACCGGAGCCACGACCCGGGCUGCACGGCGGACUACGCGGAGUUCCGGCGGCGCAAGGGCCGCGUGGGGACGACGGUCGGGACGACGAAGCUGCCGCGGACGCGCCAGCGCGACGUCGCCGUCGCCGUCGAGCGGCGGACGGUGACGAAGCUGUCCGGCGACACCGCGGCGCUCGCGACGGCGGUGGACCCGCGGUGCAGCGACGCGCUCGUCGUCCGCGACACGCCGGGGCUGCGGAAGCUGCUGCUGGGCGUCGUCGACGGCGACGAGGGCCUGCGGGGGCUCAUCGAGGAGCAGUUCGACCUGAGCCUCGCGCGGCUCUCCGCGGACAAGCUCCUCCGGAGCUACGUCAUCUGGCCGCCGGUGGUUCAUCGGUUCCACGACGGCUACGGGCGGCCCGACGACGGCUACGGCAUGAACUCGUCCCAGUUCAUCACCUCGAAGCUCGAGGCUGCCCCAGGCGUCUUUCUGGAGGUGGUCGGCGGCCCCAGCUUCCGAGCCGCCACCAUGGCCGAGUUCCUCGGCACGCCCGAGGUCGGCGACCUCGCCGAGUUCAAGAAGACCAUCGUCGCGUCGACGGAGUGGGAGGCCUUCGCGGACCUCGUCGUCGCGUCGGAGCGCGACGCCUUUUUGUCGGCGGACACGCCCGUGGAGUCGCGGCCCGGCCCGCUGACGCACGGGAGGCUCCGGGCCUUCGUGGACGCGCUCGACCUCAACGAGCGCUUCGGGCUGAAGCGCACGGACAACGUCUGCACGGCCAUCCCCAACGGGCCCGAGGCCGCGGUCUUGUUCGUCGGCGUCGCGACGCAGUGCGUCUUCGCGCCGCUGAACCCGCAGCUCACGGCGCCGGAGAUCGAGUUCGAGCUCGAGGACCUGCCGGCGCACGCCAUGAUCCUGAUGGAGGCGCGCCUGCCGGCCCAGAAGGGCAACGCGCUCUACGAGUCGCCCAAGCUCGUGCUCGAGUGCUGCGACGCGAACUCCGUGCCCGUCAUCACGUUACUCCCCGACGCCUCCGUCGCCGGUCUAUUUACGCUCGACUCGGAACUGUCGAAGACCCCGGGCCCCGCGGUGCCCAAGGCCACGAAGGACGAUUUGGCGCUCGUGCUCCACACGUCCGGAACGACGAAGAAGCCCAAGAUCGUCCCUUUGACCCACGGCAACAUCGGCCACGGCGUCCAGUUCGUCGCGCGGACGCUGCGGCGCCAGCCAGACGACGUCUGCAUCAACAUCAUGCCCCUCUUCCACAUCCACGGCGUCAUCGCGAACAUCAUGGUGACUUUGUAUUCGGGAUCGCGCGUCGUCUGCACGCGCGGCUUCCAGGGCGGCGACGACUUCCUCGACAAGCUCGCGGACGACUCGCUGGGCCCGCCGACGUGGUACAGUGCCGUGCCGACGAUGCACGAGGCGAUUUUGUUGGCGGCCGAGGACCGGGGUAGCAAGGGGCCCUGGGUCCAUUCCUUGCAGAUGCUGCGGAACUGCUCCGCGGCGCUGCUGCCGCCCGUGUCCGAGCGCUUCAUCAACGCCUUCGGGACGAAGCUCAAGAAGGAGUUCACGGUCGUGCCGACCUACGCCAUGACCGAGUCGUUCCCCAUCUGCUCGAACCCGCCCCACCUGGAGUGCAAGCUGUCCACGGUGGGCCCCGCGAUGGGCCCCGAGAUCAAGAUCUUGAAGGGCCACCCGGAAGACGAGGAGGUCGCGCCGGGCGAGGAGGGCGAGGUCUGCGUCUUCGGCGGCUGCGUCACGGCGGGCUACCUCAUCCGGCCCCACAUGGACUGCGACCCGAACGUCGAGGCGCUGACGAAGCCGGGCACGGUCGCGGCCGCGCCGCUGCUGCGGACGGGCGACAAGGGCUACAUCGACGAGGACGGCUACCUCCAGCUCCUGGGCCGCUUCAAGGAGAUCAUCAACCGCGGCGGCGAGAAGAUCUCGCCCCUGGAGAUCGAGGAGCGGCUUUUGAAGUGCGACGGCGUCGAGACGUGCGUCUGCUUCGCGGUGCCCUGCGAACUGCUGGGCGAGGUCGUCGGCGUGGCGCUCGUCUGCACGGCGGAGGUCAAGGCCGCGGCGGAGGCCCUGGAGGCCGACGACCACAAGCUGAGCCGCUUCCUGCGCAAGGGCGAGGAGAAGGACUGGGCGGACCCGCGGCCGCAGCUGUCGCAGCUCCGCGGCGCGCUCAAGGACCUGAGCCCCCAGUGGCGGCCCCAGUGCGUCGUCUACAUGGACGCGAUCCCCAAGGGCCCCACGGGCAAGCCCAAGCGCAUCGGGCUCGCGAAGCUUUUGAAGAUGCCGCUGCUGUCCAUCGAGGACCAGGAGCACUUCCAGGUCGCGGGCGUCGGCGAGAAGAACCUGGAGAAGCUCACCUACGCCGACGGCCGCUACCUCUUCCCGCCCCACAUCUCCAUCACCCUGUCCAUGAACGACGACCUGAGCGACUUCUGGUUCCAGCAACACGCGCUCCACUACGAGGACGAGCGCCACGCGCUCCACAAGCUCGUGAUGACGUCCCAUGCCUGCGGCAUCCCCAUGGACACGGACUGGUGGACCGUGACGCCCGAGGACAUGCGCCGCACGCUCAAGGAGCUCAUGCGGCGCCGCAAGCUCUACGGCAAGGAGUGGGAGUCGCCCCUCGAGCUCGGCGACGGCCUCAUGAAGUACGACUGGCACGGCGACCUCGUCGUCCGCGACCUGUCCCUCUUCGACCCGGACCGCCCCAUCCGGGACCAGGACGCCGAGGUCAUCAUCAUGCACCACAAGUGGCGCAAGAACUGCCGCGUGCCGCCGCCGGGGCUCAUCAUGGAGCUCCUCAAGAUGCUCGACUAG